GGUUUUUUAAAAAGAAAAUAACAUAAAAAUCAUUUAAAAAAACCAUCCACCGUCGUGGAAGAAUCCGGUUUCAUGGCUAUCCCCAAAGCCACGACAUUCUUUUUCCCGACCACCCAAAUAACCUCCGCCUAAUUUCUUAUAUUGUAUAUGUGAGACAUCAUCAUUAUCAAUCUCAUCAAAAAAAAAAUAAAAUGGAUUACUACAAAAUUCUGGGUCUAAACAGAAAUGCAACAAAAGAGGAAAUAAAAGAAUCAUUCAGAAACAUAGCCAAGAAAUUCCACCCAGACAAACACUCUGCUUCUCCCCAGUCUGUUAAAGAUGGUGCCACCCUUAAAUUCAAACAAGCUUCUGAAGCUUACGAGGUUUUAGUUGACGAUCGUAAACGCGCUGAUUAUAAUAUCCGUUUCAAUCAGGGCGGUGGUUCUGGAUCCGGGUAUGGAAAUUACGGGUAUGGGUACACUUAUGACAACAGAAGAAGAAAUAAUAAUUCAUCAUCAUCAUCAUCAUCAUCAUCAUCAUCAUCAUCAUCAUCAUCAUCGGGUUAUGAGUAUAGAAAAACAACAAGUGUUACUAGGUUUCAGCUCUUUAUGGGAUAUAUCAACAGUCGUGCCUUUCUUCUCAAUCUUGCUUUUGCCGGGGCUAUAUUAAGUGGUCUAGCAGUCGUUGAAAUGGGCAGAGAUGCAAUUUGGAAGAUGCACAAUCCAGGUAAAUCAUUUGAAGAAGCAAUGGAAUCUGUACAGAAGACAAAAUCAGUCAAGGAGAAGGAAUAACAAAGUCGGUUCUGCUAAAGUGGCUGUCAAUAAAAACACCUUCACUGAUUCUUUGAAGUGUGAGUUUUUACAUUUUAAUAUGGGACAUGUUAUUUGCACGUUUGUUCCACCAAAAGAGAUUGAGAGAAUGGGAAGACAUUUUACCAGUUUCAGAUUCCAGUAUGAUUUUUUAAGGGAAUAUAACAUCUUACAUUCUUUCUUUUUUCUCUCUAUUUGUUUUCUGAUCAUGUGGAGUUGUCAUCAUGCUACAGAGCGUAGAUAGAAGUGUAAUACAUAUUCAUGGAGAACAAAGAUAAAAGCUCGAUCAAUUGUUAUGUUAUCUGCAAUGGAGAUUUUUAUAGUUAUUCAGUCGAUGGUACUCAUUGCAAGACAAAUAACUGGACGCCUUUUUUUAAAGCCAUCAAGAGUACCUGAUAUGUUUGUGUUGUAUGUUCUUGUUUGUAUUAUGUCUCUGAAUCCAAAAUAUAGAGUUCCCUUUUUAGGAUGUCUUUCAAAUUGAAAGUUUUCAAUAAAUUGAAGAGAAACAAAUAUGAACGUUGUAUGUACUGCAGAUUGUAGCAACCGGUGUAUAUUUAUGUGCA